UCUUCAACGACGCGUUGGUACAUAAACCUCAGAAAAAGAAAAACAAAUCACAUUAUUUUGAGGUGUUCGUGCGUUUGUUCGUCUGCAUCGGUGCUCUGUGUUUUAAACAAAUGUUUGAAAAUUUAUUUAGUGCAAUUCGUUUUAUUCCAAUAAAAUCAAAAUGAAAUUUGCCGAACAUUUGACGGCCCAUAUCACUCCGGAAUGGCGCAAACAGUACAUCAAUUAUGAGGAAAUGAAAGCUAUGCUCUAUGCCGCUGUUGAACAGGCGCCGUCGGCCGAAUUGGUCGAUCCCGAUGUGCUAACACGUUAUUUUGCCAAAUUCGACGAACAAUUUUUUCAUUAUUGCGACAAGGAAUUGGCAAAGAUCAAUACCUUUUAUUCGGAAAAAAUGGCAGAGGCAACCCGCAAAUAUGGCAACCUUAGAAGCGAGUUAACUGAGACCCUGGAAAUGGGAACGGUCAAGAAACAGCCAGCGUGGAAAUCCAAGACACCGCUUGGCAAACGCAAUGUUCCGGCCCGUAAGUUGCAGGAUUUGAAAUUGGCGUUUAGUGAAUUUUAUCUGGGAUUGAUAUUGCUGCAAAACUAUCAGAAUCUGAACUUUACCGGGUUUCGGAAAAUUCUCAAAAAACAUGACAAAUUGUUAAAUGUUGACUUCGGUGCAACGUGGCGUAAGGAGCAUGUGGAGGUGGCUCAUUUUUAUGUGAACAAAGACAUUGAUCGCCUUAUACAGGAAACAGAAACCGCAUUUACCCAUGACAUCGAGGGAGGCGAUCGCCAAAAGGCCAUGAAACGAUUGAGAGUACCUCCUCUGGGUGAAGCUCAAAGUCCUUGGACAACAUUUAAAGUGGGACUUUUUUCGGGUGCUUUUGUGGUUUUGUUCAUAACCGUCAUACUUUCGGCAACAUUUUAUGGAUUUGGAGAAGAUUGGCGGGUGGGGUUGCGCAUGUUCCGUGGACCGUUCCUCAUCAUUGAAUGCCUCUUCCUGUGGGGAGUCAACGUAUAUGGCUGGCGUUCAUCGGGUGUUAAUCACGUCCUGAUAUUCGAAUUGGAUCCACGUAAUCAUCUAUCAGAACAAAACAUUAUGGAAAUUGCUUCCGUCUUUGGAGUUCUAUGGGCAAUUUCCGUACUGUUCUAUAUCUAUUGUGACCUCUUGGGCAUACCUCAGUAUGCACCGCCAAUAUUUCUGUACACCAUCAUGGCUGCAUUUUUGCUCAAUCCAACAAAGACAUUUUAUCAUGAAGCACGUUACUGGUCUGUACGAGUGUUGAGUCGCGUGGUAAUGGCCCCGUUUUUCUUUGUAAAUUUUGCUGACUUCUGGUUGGCGGAUCAAUUGAAUAGUAUUGUACCGGCAUUUUUGGAUAUUCCCUUUGUCAUAUGCUUCUUUCGACAGAAUCCUUCAUGGAACAAAAUGGGUUUGGAAGGUGGUCGUUUUUGCAUUGAAGACGUCUCCAUAGUACGACCUAUCGUUGCCCUGUUACCUGCCUAUUUCCGUUUUGCUCAAUGUAUUCGCCGUUUUCGUGAUACCAAAGAAAGCUUUCCACAUUUGGUGAAUGCUGCCAAAUAUGCUACAUCAUUUUUCGUUGUAAUUUUCUCCUACAAAUAUCAGACCACAAAUGUUGAAUACCCAAAUUCGAGAGAUAAUCCUUGGUUUUAUUGUUGGAUUUUCGCUGCCAUUGUAUCCUCCUGCUAUGCAUACACGUGGGACAUCAAAUUCGAUUGGGGACUUUUCGAUGCUAAAGCUGGUGAUAAUACAUUUCUGAGGGAGGAAAUUGUUUACUCGUCUACGUGGUUCUAUUACUUUGGUAUUAUUGAGGAUUUAAUACUGCGAUUCGCCUGGACGGUGUCGAUGAGUUUAAUUGAGGCUGGCUACAUGGAAGGCGAUGUCAUGGUAACGUUGCUUAGUCCACUGGAAGUGUUUCGUCGUUUCAUUUGGAAUUAUUUUCGACUCGAGAAUGAACAUUUAAAUAAUUGCGGUAAAUUUCGUGCUGUGCGUGAUAUUUCAGUGGCACCUAUGGAUUGCUCCGACCAGACCACUAUUCUACGGAUGAUGGACGAAGAAGAUGGUGUGGUAAAUAGGCGAGGUAAAAUGAAAUUACCAUCAAAAAAGAAGGGCGAACAUCGUGUGCUCCUGCAGGCAGAAUCAGUGGACGACUUGUGUUCUUAAAGAGCAAUCGGAAUACUACUUUAAGCAAUAUUAACUGUGUACUCUUUUUUUCUAAAAAUCUGUUAGCUGUGAAUUGCAGAAUCUAAAUACGAGAUUAGUGUCAACUUUUUAGUUAAAACAUAUCUAAGAACUUAGAAAUUAAAUAUGGCUUAACAUGUGUAAAUAAGUUAGUUGCUAUGUAAAAAGUAAAAAAUACAUACAUAUGUAUGUAUGUGUGAAUAA